ACAAUACCUAACAAGUCUGAGGGAAAAGCACAGAUAUUCCAUCAAGCAACCUAGAUCCACUUCUGAUAAAUUACCACAAAUAGGUGAUAUGGUUCAGAUAUACGAUGAAUCUAAGAAAAGGAUAAACUGGAAAGAAGGGAGGAUUACCACCUUGAUCAAGAGUCUAGAUGGACAGUGUAGAGUAGCAAAAGUAAAGGUUGGCGACACGGAGUUUACUAGAUCCUUAGGUCACCUUUAUCCACUGGAAACUGACUACACCGGAGAAUCUUCAGGAGCAGAAAUUCCUGUAGUAGAACAGAUGGAACUUACUUUACCAGCAGAUCGUAUCAACAUAGAGUUAGAUAAGAUCCCGUUAGAGAAUACACAUCAACCAGAAAGCUGUCAAACUCAGAUACAAGAUGACAUGAAGGUAACAAAUGAAGCACAUAGUCAAGAACAAGCUGAGGUGGUUCAGGGCAUAGAAUUGUCUUCGAAUGAGUCGGAAGUUACUGAUAGGCAAGAAAAAGUUCAACAAGAGUCUGAGGAUACUCCACAAGACAGGGAGCUGAGUAACUCACCUGCCGAGAUGAGACCAGAGCGGAUUGCAGCUCAACGAGCCCGAGAGAAGAUUGCUGAGUGGACACGCCACUUAGCAGCUCUCUUAUAAACUUCUUUGAUGUCGGGGAGUGUCGCGAAUCAUCGCGAUCCUGUGGCGGUGGAAACAAUCUCCAGGCACCAGAGUCAAGUCGUCUUGUAGCGAAG